AUUCACUCUCAUCAGCAGCUGGUCAACCCUUGUAGCCCUGUUACAGCUGAGAAAUGAUCCAAAUCUCAAAGGAAAGUUGGUUGGGGGGCAUCAGUCUCAUGCAAAGCCAUGAAUGCUUCUGCUGCAUAAUAACCAUAACCACUUUUCAGGCUAACAUUUAAAACCCCUCCCUCAACUUUCAUCUUCCCCUUCUUCAAUGCCAACAUUUAAUUGAAUCCCUAUCAAAUAAUAAUCUCUCUCGUUUCUUCUCCAUUUUCCCAUCCCUCUUAUAAACCCCCUUAAAUAAUCCACACAUGUACAUUUCCAAACACCCAAAAAAUUUAGCUCAAACUCCACCUUCUUCUUAGUUUCAUAUCAUACUAAUUCAAGCCAAAAAUAUGGGCCUAAUCAGUAAAGGAUCAAUGGCUCCUCUAAUGUUGGUGCUCUUGUUGGCAUUUGCCAAUAUUGCAGUAGAUGCCCAGCUUGUCCCAGCAUUGAUUAUAAUGGGCGAUUCCGCCGUGGAUGUUGGCAACAACAAUUACCUCCCAACACUUUUCAAAGCCAAUUAUCCACCUUAUGGUAGGGAUUUCACCAAUCAUCAACCUACCGGAAGAUUUUGCAAUGGCAAACUCGCCACUGAUAUCACAGCUGAGACUUUGGGUUUUACUUCAUUCCCACCUGCAUAUCUUAGCCCACAGGCAACAGGGAAGAAUCUUCUUAUCGGAGCCAAUUUCGCUUCAGCGGCCGCUGGAUACGAUGAUAAAACAUCCUUCAUGAACCAUGCUAUAUCAUUGUCACAGCAACUAGAAUAUUUCCAAGAGUACAAAAAGAAGUUGCAAAGUGUAGACAGCAAACAAGCCCCUUCCAUUAUUGAAGGUGCAUUGUACUUAGUAAGUGCUGGCAGCAGUGAUUUCUUCCAAAACUAUUACGUUAAUCCUCUGCUUAACAAAGUCUACACUCCUGAUCAAUACGGAGGCUACCUCGUCGGCAUCUUCUCAAACUUUGUUAAGCAAUUGUAUGGAUUGGGAGCCAGAAGAAUUGGGGUGACAUCACUUCCACCAUUGGGAUGCCUUCCUGCAGCAAGAACUCUGUUUGGAUAUCACCAGAAAGGAUGUGUGGCUAAUUUCAACACUGAUGCUCAACAAUUCAACAAGAAGCUUAAUGCUGCUGCUACUCAGCUUCAGAAACAGCUUCCAGGACUCAAAUUAGCUAUCUUUGACAUCUUCAACCCCAUUUACGACGUUGUCAAAUCCCCCUCGAAUUAUGGUUUCAAAGAAGCAACCAGGGGUUGUUGUGGAACUGGGACAGUGGAGACAACUGUAUUCUUGUGCAAUGAGAAAUCACCAGGAACCUGUAGCAAUGCCACCGAGUUCGUGUUUUGGGACGCCGUACAUCCAUCUGAAGCAGCUAACAGAGUUCUUGCUGAUUCAUUGAUUGCCCAGGGAAUCAGUCUCAUUGGAUGAUGGUUUGAACUAUAAAAUCCCACAAGUGUUUAUGAUCUGCACUGAUUUCAUUUUAGUGUAUUGCACAAAGGAUUGUUACUUGUUACAGUUUUCUUUUUUGGUGUACUGUUUUUUUUUUUCUCCUUGAAGAUUGUUAUCAUCUCUUGUAAUGAUGAUGUGAUCCCUCCGCAUUCGCCACGAUACAAACGUUGUUAAAUUCUUAUAAAAGUUUCUUGUACCAUCAGAUGAUUAGUAGACACAUGAAUGAUAAUUCUCUUACCAAUAA